UUCACGACCAACGUCAAAUCAACAUGUGUCGAAAAUACUUUCUGGUGCUGUCAGUCCUAGUGACAAGCUGUCUAGCCUUCUCACCAUUUCCGGAGCUCCAGGAUCAGUUCGCUGAACACAGCCAGUAUGUGGAGCCCCAGCUGCAGGAAUUUCGCCAGGAAAACGAGGAAUUACGUUUCGAUCUUAUCAACUGGAUCACCCGACAGUUUGGUAACCUGACAGUGGAAAUGCGCCGCCUCACGGAGGAGACCUGGGAAAUCAUAGAAAAUCACGAAGACGUUCACGAGGAGUGUAUGGACGAUCUAACUUCCAUAUUCGCCUUGUAUGUGUACAUUGGAGAGCUGGACAUUAAUUACGCCGCCGAAGACAUGGAUUGGUACAUGCAGUACGACGCAAACAACCGAUUCAACCCGCGGAUCAGGUUCGUCCAACGGGAGAACAGCCGAGCCAUUCACCAAACGGUGCAGUCAUUGGGACGGAACCGAUUCGUAGAAGACAUUAGUGACACAUUGUUCGAACUAGAGGAUGAACUGAACUACUACCGGAACUUGUGGGAAGGAUAUCAGCUGGUACUGGACGAAGAGCUUGAAGCCAUUGACCCGUUUGCAGAGCAAGUUAAAUAUGAAAUGAACUGGUGGCACAAUUACACAAUCGACUGGCAUAAAAGGUUUAUGGAUUGGGCUAUUGAGGAUAUCCAAUACUACUGUGUGGACCUGACGAACUUAGAGUAAGGAACUGUAACAUGAAUGAAAUAAAGAACUUUUCCUAUCGCGCUGAACCCAAAACACGUUCAAUGGACUUACUUAUCUGAAUGGUACGCGUGGCAUCCGCUGGAAAACCCGCAUUUUCAAUAACAUUGUUCCGGUAGCAAUUGAUUUACAACCCCGCAUAGAUAAAAUUGUUCACGCUCUUUUGUUAACUUCUGUGAUCACUUGCCGAA